AUGGAGGAUGCUGACCCAGAGGAAGCAAACAUAGAUGUGUGGGACAUACUUAAGAUGAAACACUUGUGUGCAUCCAAAGACUUCAUCAAGAGAUUGGCAGAGGUGCUGUCGUGCAGUCCCAGUCAGCGUGAGUUCACUGCAGGCUGUCGGUGGGUCCCGGCCGGGUCGUCUUUCCGAAGUCAGGCCGCCCUCUGGUGCAGAGCCACCCCUCCGCCGGGCUCCCUACCUUUCUCCCCUCCCUCACCGCCGGACUCCUGGCUCCUAGUCCGCAGCCGGGGCCGCGGGCGCCCCGGGUUUCUUCGGGAAUCAAUGGGGACGCUUUGGCUUUGGAAGCUCCCGCCUCCCAAUCCUCGCCGGCUCUUGGAGGACGCGAGGCGAGGGUCCCUGCCCCGAGCACCCCCGGGACUAGACCUGCGGGCUCGUCCCCCGACCCGCUCGGCCAUGGGGCCCUCUUCCACCUCGGGCUUCUACGUGAGCCGCGCGGUGGCGGCGCUCCUGGGCGCCGUGGCGGCUGCGCUGGUGCUGGCGCUGGCGGUGGCCCUGCUAGCCUCUCAGAUGGAGCCCACAUUUGCCAGGAAUGUUUUCCCUUGUUUUGAUGAGCCAGCUCUCAAGGCAACCUUUAAUAUCACAAUUAUUCAUCAUCCAAGUUAUGUGGCUCUUUCCAACAUGCCAAGACGAGGUCAGUCUGAAAAAGAUGUGAAUGGAAGCAAAUGGACUGUGACCACCUUUCAUACCACACCCCGGAUGUCAACUUAUUUAACUACGGUGGUUCUAUGUGACUUUGACCAUGUCAACAGAACUGAAGGAGGCAAGGAGAUUCGCAUCUGGGCCCGGAAGGAUGCCAUCGCAGAUGGGGAAGCAGACUUUGCAUUGAACAUCACAGGUCCCAUCUUCACUUUCCUAGAAGAUUUAUUUAAUAUUAGUUACCCUCUUCCCAAAGCAGAUAUAAUUGCCUUGCCUGUUUUUGACCACCGUGCAAUGGAAAAUUGGGGAUUAUUGGUAUUUGAUGAGUCAUUAUUGUUGCUUCAACCAAAUGACCAACUGACAGAAAAGAAGACUGUGAUCGCCUUCAUUUUGUCCCAUGAAAUUGGACAUCAGUGGUUUGGAAACUUGGUCACCAUGAAAUGGUGGAACAGUAUCUGGCUUAAUGAAGGUUUUGCCUCUUACUUUGAGUUUGAAGUAAUCAACCACUUAAAUCCUAAGCUCCCCAAAAAUGAGAUCUUUUUUUCUAACACUCUACAUGGUAUCCUUAAAGAAGAUCAUGCCCUGAUAUCUAGAGUUGUGUCCAGGAAGGUGGAAAAUUUCACAGUAACUAGUGAAAUAAAUGAACUCUUUGACGUAUUUACUUACAGCAAGGGAGCAUGCGUGGUGCGGAUGCUUUCCAGUGUCCUGCGGGAGAAGCUGUUUAUUGGCGCACUCAAGUCAUAUUUGGAGACAUUUUCUUACUCAAAUGCUGAACAGGAUGAUCUCUGGAGGCAUUUUCAAAUGGCCGUAGAUGACCAGAAUACAAAUCUUUUGCCUGCAACAGUAAAAAGCAUAAUGGACCGUUGGACACAAAAGAGUGGUUUUCCAGUUAUCUCCUUAAAUGUAUCCAGUGGCAUCAUGACACAGGAGCCAUUUUAUCUUGGGAAAAUUAAAACUCAGACUCUUCUAAGCCACAAUGACACUUGGAUUGUCCCUAUUCUUUGGAUAAAAAAUGGAACUACACAACCUUUAGUCUGGCUAGAUAAAAGCAGAAAAGUGUUCCCAGAAAUGCUAGUUUCAGAUUCUGACCAUGACUGGGUGGUUUUAAACUUGAACAUGACUGGAUAUUAUAGAGUUACUUAUGAUGAAUUAGGCUGGAAGAAAAUAAAUCAACAACUUGAAAUAGAUCAUAAGGCUAUUCCUAUUAUUCACAGGCUGCAGUUAAUGGACGAUGCCUUUGCUUUGUCUAAAAGCGAUUAUAUUGAGGUUGAAACAGCACUUGAUUUAACCAAGUACCUCGCAGAAGAAGAUGAAAUCAUAGUAUGGCAUGUAGUCUUAACAAGCCUGGUAACCAUGGAGCUGGAAAACUAUGAUCUAUACCCAUUUUUAAAGAAAUAUCUAUUAAAGAGACUUCACUUAAUAUGGACUACUUAUGCAACGAUUACUCUUGAAAACCCGGCAGCCUUGCAAGAUGACUAUUUAGCAAUAUUAUCCCUGGAAAAACUUUUUGGAACUGCAUGUUGGCUGGGCCUUGAAGAUUGUCUGCAGCUGUCAAGGGAACUCUUCCGAAAAUGGAUGAACCAUCCAGAGCAUGAAAUACCUUAUCCAAUUAGAAGUGUGAUCUUGUGUUACGGAAUCGCCCUGGGAAAUGAUAAAGAAUGGGACUUUUUGUUCAGUAUCUACACCAAUGAAAGAAAUGAAGACAAAAGGUUUCAACUUGUUUAUGCUCUGAGCUGCAGUAAAGACCCAUGGAUACUUCACAGAUACAUGCAAUAUGCCAUCAGUACAGCAUCACUCAAUUUAAAUGAAACAAAUAUUAUUGAAGUUGUGGCAUCAUCUGAAGUGGGCCAAUAUGUGGCAAAGGACUUUUUAGUCAACAAUUGGCAAGCUGUGAGUGAAAGGUAUGGAGCAGAGUCAUUGGUUACUCUGAUGUAUAUUGUCGGGAGAACCAUAACCACAGACUUGCAGAUCGCAGAGUUGCAGCAGUUCUUCAGCAACAUGUUGGAUGAGCAGCAGCGGAUCACGGUGCAAGACAAAUUAGAGCUAAUAAAGAUACAGAAUCUUGAAAACAAAAAGUGGAAUGCCAGGAUAAUUAAGUGGCUGAAGAAGAAUACAUAGCCCAGUGAC